UCAACUUCGUGAGCACUCGACGAAAUGCAGCAGAUGCGCGCAGUGUCGCUGGUCGACCGCCUCUCGCUGGGCUUCAACGGGAACAUGUUUGCGCCUGCGAUUUGCCUUGCCGACGUAGACAACGACGGCGACUCUGAGCUGGUUGUCGCGAACGUCAACGGCGAGCUGGCCAUCUUCAAGGGCGGCCCGUUCGUCGACCCCGCCGCGCAGAUGGCUCCGUGGCGCAUGGCGAGCGAUCUGGGCACCAUUGCGUGUCUGGGCGUCGGCGAUCUGCUCCAGUCCGGCCAGAACGUCCUCGUCGCCAUCAACGCGAUUGGCGAGUGCGUUGUCUUUGCGCUCGACCAUGCGACGCAGCCGCCGGCCAGCAGCGGACCCGGAAGCAGAUCGGGUGCUGCUGGAGGAGCCCCGUCCUCUGCCACGCCGUUCCCUGCUGGGUUGUCAGGAUCCGCGCCAGGUGCGCCCAGUGCAAGUGCAACUCCGGUGCCGAGAUCGGCCGCGUCAACUCCGACGCCAGGCGCGAACGCUCCGUCCACUUCAAGCACAUCCACCACCACCACCACCACACAAGCCUCAGCUAGUGGUUUGUCUGGCACGGCAGCGGCUGGUAGCACGGCCGCGAGUGGCCCGAAUGCUUCCAGCACGCGCGACUUUCCAUGCGAAAUGGUCAGACCGGUCAUGACUCUGCGUGUUGCAAUCAAUGUCAAGUCCAUGCUGAUUGCUGACAUCGAUGGAGAUGGGAAUAACGAGCUCGUGGUCGGGCGUACCGAUCGUGUCGUCCAUGCGUACCGCUGGGAACCGGAUGUGCUGGCGCCGACGACGGUUCAACCACCAGCAGUGUCAAGUACGCGCAGCUCAAUGACCUCAGUUGCCACCAUUCCUCCCGUCUCGGGCGGCGGAUUUCCGAGCAGUAGUAGUGGUGGACUCGAUGCAGGAAUAGCUUCGUUGUCCGCCGACGCCCGGAUACGUAAUCUUCAGUUUGCCAAGGGGCGACUUGUUGCUGUCCGAAAAUGGGACAUGCCUGGACAGCUUGGCUCCAUGUCGAUGAGCAUGCACCCCGUCACGAAAACGUUGCGGCUCAUCAUUUCGCAGCCAGGAGGCACGUUUGCAUCGAUCGAGCCGGACGGCAAGGUCGUGCAUCACUCAGGCACCGGUGUCAAUACAAGCGUUGGCGGUGUCAGCGAUGCAAACAGUCCCGUGGAUUCCAAGAGCGGCGUGACUGCGUCCUCGCCCGAUCCCACGCUGCCAGUUUCGCCCGUCGAUCCGUCCAUGCCCAACCUCUUGCCCCUCCGCGAUCGAGACCGCGAUCCUCUGAUAGCGGCAUCGAUGGGAAGCAUUUCGGGCUCGGCCCUUGGCGCAUCCACUGAAGUCGCUGGCAACGUCGUGCGCUCGUCUGGCGUGUAUGAUCCGUUGCAGGCUGCCAGCAGUGACCAGGAGAGCACCGCAAUCGCCGUGUGCACGCUUGACGGGUGUCUUCGACUGAUGGACUUUGAUCGGAUCUUGUGGGAGCUGUGCGUCGAUCACCAGCUGUUUUCCAUUUCCACGUUCAACGUCACUUCCGAUCUUCCGCGUGGGCGAUUCGAUUCGACAAUCCAAGAUGGCGCUGCCAACAAGCCAACGGCCCAGUUGGAAGAAAACGCGCCUUUCGUCCCCAUGCACCACGUCGCAGCGUGCGCAUGGGAUGGCAUGACCUACAUUGUGGACUCUCGACCAAGCGCCAUUCGCUUCCAAUUUGAAGAGGAUGUCUGCGCAUUUGCCGCCGGCUAUUUUGCUGUUGAGCGCGGCAACAACGUUCCAGUGCUCGUUUACGUGACAUUUAGCGACCAGAUUUAUCUCUACUACAACAUCGGCCUCGAAUCCAUUGGCGACCGGAGGUUGCUGGCCGAUGUUCUCAAUUCCGACUCUGACCGAACUACCCUCAACCAGCUAUCUGCGCCGCCCGCCCCUGGUGCCGAGAUCUCACUACGAGAACAGUAUGCCAAAACCAUUUCGACCGCGCUCUACGGCGCAUCGCCCGAUGAACUUCGUGCUUUGAUAAGCCGUCUCAAGGGUGGGAAUGCGGCCAGUAGUCCGAGCAUUGAAUAGAUGAUUGUGUUGGGGGGGGUGUCAUAGACUGAAUGUUACGAAAGAAAAGUUGUUUUGUGUUUUUUACAUCUGCAAUAAUUUCAUAAAGAAGCGAAAAAAAAAAAGCAUGUCUACUGUUGU